AUGGUUUCUUCACUUUCUCUCGGCUCCUGGUUGGUGCUCGGCCUCGUCUCCCUCGUCUCCCUCCCACAGCAACAGAGACAGCCAGCCGUGGCCCAGGCGCAGUACGUGCAGGCCGUGACAUCGGGAUGGGUCCCGGCCCCGACCGGCGGCUCCGUGGUCCAGGUGCCGCAAUGGCGCCCGACGGUCAACGACGCGCUGCAGCGGGUGAUCGACAUCUCGCCGGACCUGGUGGUGCUCGAGUACAACUGCUGGUACAUGAAGGACAUCUGCAAGAACGCCGACAACUGGUACAAGACGCCGCGGGGCCAGGCGCGCAGCAUGCCGAACCGCUUCGCCUACGACUUUGCCUCGGGCAAGGCCUCGUCGUGGCGCAACCAGCAGCGGCGGCGGGCGUCGUGCGGGAGCUGGGACUCCAAUCGGGUGUGCCCGCACUCGGACCAGGGCAUCGUGAUGCGGCACGACGGCCCGUGGCAGUACAAGGACCUGGAGCCAGGCACGACCAUCGCCGAGAUCCGGGCCAAGCGAGACAGCCAGGGCAACAAGAUCCCCAGCUGGGUGCGGUACACGUGCGACGAGUUCCCGCCGGCGACCUGGAUCGAGGGCGGCAGCGGGUCGGCGUCUCCGGAGGCGCAGCCCGACAACGCGCAGACGCGGUGCGCGGCCUUCCGGUGCAACGGCCGCUUCUCCGUCUUGGGCCUGCGCAUCAAGGUCAAGGCCGAGCAGAACUGGCAGGCCACGGCCCACGACGUGCUGCAGCGGUCGCUCAAGGGGAUCAUCAACCGGCGCAUCACGGAGUUCCCGUGGUUUGUGAACAAGGGGAGCGUCGCGUUCUUCGAGUUCCGCUACAACCUGGCCAGCGCCAACGCCAACGGUGUCGCGGCGACGGUGACGACGUUUAGUCCCGGGUCGGCGUCCGUGAUCAAGCCGGUCACACAGGCCAAGCGGGACAUCCUGGCCGAGAGGAAUGGCACGAAUGGCACGGCCAGAGAGGAGGAUAUGAGCCCCGAGCAGCUCGCGGCCUUGAACCACGAGGCGUUUUGGCGCUGGGCCGACACGGUCACGGUCGAGGAGCUGAUGGCGUUUGGGCCGGGGGUUGCGAGCCAGCAGCAUGUUCUCGCCAACCACACCGAGGCAGGCAUGACGCCGACCUCCCUGCCGUGGAUGGACUGGGAUCCUGAGGAGGACUGGGAUCCCGAGGAGUACCUUGAGGAGUACCAUGCGCUGCCCGACGUCGUGUCUGACAAGCCCCGGGCCGACCCCAACAAGCUCAAACGCGCGGCUUCCGAGGGCACGACGUCCACGCCGGUCCUGCGCAACGCCAGCUCGGCCGCUCUCGCUCGGGCGCAGCAGCUGGUGGAGGAGGCCAUCGCCAACUCGACACGGCUCAACGCUGCGCGGUACGCCAACCCGGCGCGCAACAAGUAUCAGCUCAAGCCGAGGACGUCGUUCGGUCGACGUGAUACUGCAGACGACACCGCGCCACCGCCGCUGCUGGAUAUCACGGACGAGCUGGCCGAUGCGGCGGCCCUGGUAUCCGAGGCCGAGGCGAGUGUUGGAAACACCAUGCAGAGGACACAGGCCGCGUCGUCGGGCACCUUCUGGAUGGAACAUGUUGCGCGAAUGGGCACGGUGGCGUUUGGGGACAGCUCUGAUUACAAGGUGUUCCGGAACGUGCUGGACUAUGGCGCCAAGGGGGAUAACACGACGGACGACACCAAGGCCAUCAAGCUGGCCAUGACAGACGGCACUCGUUGCGGAGUAAAGUGCAACGGCUCGACGCUCAAGAAUGCCAUCGUCUACUUCCCGCCAGGCAACUACCGCAUCUCCUCGACCAUCCCCAUGCCGUUUGGCACCCAGGUCAUUGGCGAUGCCAACGACCCGCCCACCCUGGUUGCCACCAAGUCCUUCAUCGGGCUCGGCGUGCUCUCGUCCGACGAGUACACGGGAGGCGGCACGGGCGCCGACGGACUCGACCAGGAGUACUAUAUCAACACGGCCAAUUUCUACCGGCAGCUGCGCAACAUCCGGAUCGACAUCACGCAGACGAGGGCCGCGCAGGGGGUCGCCGGUGUGCACUGGCAGGUGGCCCAGGCCACCAGCAUGCAAAACGUCGAGAUCAUCGCCGUGGCAGGCACAACAAUGCGCGGCAUCUUUGCCGAGAACGGCAGCGGCGGCACCAUUUCCGACGUGACGUUCCGCGGAGGCAAAUACGGCUUGUACGGCGGCAACCAGCAGUUUACAGCGCAGCGCCUCACCUUUAUCGGGUGUGAUACCGGCGUGCAGGUGAUCUGGGACUGGGGAUGGAUUUGGAAGUCCAUCACCAUGACCGACGUCGGCGUAGGCUUCCGCCUGCUGCAGGAGACUGAGAACACUAACAAGGCAACAUCCAAGCGUCAGGCGUCCGGUGGCGGCCAGGGCAACAUCGGCUCGGCCUCCUUCAUCGACUCGACUUUCACCAACGUCGGCACCGCCGUGCUCGUCGCCCCGCCCCAGGACAAGGCCGGCUCGGGCAGCACCGGCGUCGUCAUCGACAACGUAGCCGUCUCGGGCGUCUCCCAAGUCGUGGCAGACACCGGAGGAUCCACCCUCCUGGCCGCCCCGGCGUCGGGUACCGUCCAUCACUGGGCCCUCGGCCCCGUCUACCAGGAGGCAGGCCCCGACUACGCCCUGGGCAAGAAGGCGGACAACGGCUUCCGCCGCGUGCCGGGCCUGCUCGACUCCAAGGGCGCCUACUUUGAGCGCGCCAAGCCGCAGUACCAGGACCGGCCCGCGGGGGACUUUGUCCAUGUCAAGGACUUUGGCGCCAAGGGGGACGGGACGACAGACGAUACCGCGGCGUUGCAGCGGGCGCUGUAUGGGAGCCUAGGCCAGAUCCUGAUCAUCGACGCUGGCUCGUAUAUCCUAACGGGGACUGUUGUCGUGCCUGUCGGGUCCAAGAUUGUCGGCGAGACGUGGUCCCAGCUCAUGGCGUCGGGCUCUUUCUUCCAGGACGCCGCGGAUCCCAAGGUCAUGCUGCAGGUCGGGCAGAACGGCGACGUGGGGGACGUCGAGAUGCAGGACCUCUUGUUCACCAGCCGCGGUGCUACGCCGGGUUUAGUCCUGGUGCAGUGGAACGUCCGCGGUGCUAGCUCCGGCUCGGCCGGCAUGUGGGAUUGCCACGCGCGCCUGGGGGGUGCGACGGGCACCCUCCUGACCCCCGCCGAGUGCCCUGCCCUGACCGACGGCUCCGCACAGCCCGGGUGCCAUGCCGCCAGUCUUAUGAUGCACAUCACGCCCCUGGCGUCGGCCUACUUCGAGAACGUGUGGCUGUGGGGGUCGGACCACAUGAUCGACGACCCGGACCUGGACGACGCCAACAACACCAUGGUGCAGAACUCGGUCUAUGUCGCGCGCGGGUUCCUGAUCGAGAGCGUCAGCCCGACGUGGCUCUACGGGACCGCGUCGGAGCACGCGGUCUUGUACCAGUACAACUUCAACAAGGCGCAGAACAUCUUCGCGGGCAUGAUCCAGACCGAGUCGCCCUACUAUCAGCCGACGCCGAAGCCGCCGGCGCCGUUUGCCGACGCGGUGGGGGUGUUUGCGAGCGAUCCUUCGUAUGCCAACUGUACCGCGGACGGCGACGACGAGCUCGGAGGAUGCGACGAGGCGUGGGCCGUCGUCGUGCGCGGCUGCGCCAACGUCAUGGUCGCCGGCGCCGGCCUGUACAGCUGGUUCUCCACGUACUCGCAGGACUGCAUCGACCAGCACGCCUGCCAAAAGGUGCUAAUGCUGCUGGAGGACAACCACGCCGGCGUGCGCUUCCAGCAGCUCAUCACCAUCGGCUCCAAGUACAUGGCCGUCAUGAACGGCAAGGCCAUCUCGGCCAUCGACUAUCUCAAUGUUGACACGCAUCCCAAGUGGUCGCAGGUGUCCGUCAUGGACGUCGCGUCGGACGGCCUGCUGGCCGAGAUGUUCUACGUCGACCCCAAGAUCUGGGACAUGGACCAGCCGGCAUUCACCUGCGUGCCCCCCUGUCGCGUCGUCAUCCCCCCGUGGACAGGCGCCACCCGGACCGUCAACUACCCUCUCGUCACCAUCUCCGACGGCACCUUUUCGACCACCAUCACGCGGCCCCCCCUGACCAUGACCAACAUGCUCUUCGAACCCGUCACCUACACGGUCCCGGCGGACGGCGGAAACCAGAAGAAGAAGAAGCGCGAAGGCGAAUCCACCUCCGUCUUCUGGCCCAAGCCCGCCAAGCUCGCACACUGGCCCGCCGUGACCUACACCAACAACGACGGCAACGUCCUCGCCGCCACUCCCACAGUCCCCUUCCCGGACCCCCCGACCACCAUCGGCCCCAGCGCCCCCGCCCCGACCGCAGGCGGCAGCUGGCCCAAGCGGGAAAUCACCCUCCACGUCGGCGACCUGGACGACCCCACGCUGGAGAACGAUUUCUGGAACGAGUGCGCCUACAUCAACGGGAGUUACGACUGCCCGUCCUGGCUCGACCCCUAUGUGUAUGGCGAUACCAAGGGGGGGCCGCCCGCGACGGGGGACAGCGGCGACGUCCCGGACAACGAUGACGACACCGACGAGGACUACGGCGACCUCGACACCGUCUGCCCGCGGGAGUGCGACGGGAGCCAUAAACAGUAUGUCAACCCGUUCCCGCUGUGCCCGCGCGACGAUCCCACUACUUCUUCCACUUCUUCCACCUCCUCCGCAACGCCUACCCCGACCCUGGCGGUGGGCGAUCCCAUGACCAACACGCGCGACUGCUACAACAGCGGCCAAAAAGCAGUCAACGACCAGAUGGCCAACACGGCCCGUAGCUUCUGCCGGGAGAUGGGCAACGAAGGGACCGAGCUGCGGGCCGAGAAAGGCAGCGGCGGGGUGAUGGCGUAUACGAGAAACUACGAGCUGGGCGGCAGUGGGUGGCAUAUCCAUAUCGUGGGCGAGUUCUUCAUCAAGGAGGGGUGCCGGUUUGUGGUCGACCAGGAUCAGUGCUUGCGCUAUUUCAAGGUCAUCAUCGACAGCUGUAACUGCGACGGGGCGGAUGGAAAGCAGGGAGGGGUCAUGGAGAACAACUGUUAUAAGCUGAGGUUGGAUCCGAACACCUUUUCUUAG